UCGCGUCAUUGCAGAGUCUUUUAAAAAAUCUCUCUUUUUAAGACGAUCAAUCUUUCUUUCCAACUAAUCUCUCCGACCAAAAGCAAAAGCAUCCUGAGAACUUAUUUAGAUUCUUCAAUGGCAGAAUCUGAGCCGAAAAUCGAGUACACGACCGCCGUCGGAAUGACGUCACCGGCAUCUUCCUCCGUCGCCACAACGAGCGUCCACGUAAGCGCACUCGACGGACUCGUCAACGUCAACUCCCUCUUCACCAUCGCCGUCUUCGUAGGCCUCUCCAUAGCCACUCCGGGACAGCACAGCCUCGAGCAGCGGUCCAGCUGCGACGCGAGCGAUGACGUGGCGAAGAAGCUGCUGGUCUUCGAAGUCGUCUCCUUCAGCUUCUUCCUCUUCUCAUCUCUCGUGGCUCAGGGUCUCAAGCUCGCGCUGAACCUUCUCAACAGCAAAGACGUGGACGAGAUAUUUAGAGCUCACAUCAAUAUUAAGGUUCUGAGAUGGGGGAUGAUGGCCUCUGCCGUCGGAUCUGUGAUGGGUUGUUUGUUCUUGAUGCUCUCUAUGGUUAAUGUGAUUCAGAUCCGUCUAGGGUUGCUUUCUUGCGGUAGUCAAUCUGCGGUUCAGGCGGUUGCAACGCUCGUGACGCUUGUUUCCUCUGCUCUCUUGGUUUAUAUCUCUACUGCCUUUUACGCUUUCUGGCACUGAAUCUUGAUUUCAAAGAGUUUCAUCCAAGAACAGAGUUUAUUUUAUUUUAUUUUUCUGGUUUGAAUGAAUUUCUCUUUUUUUUUAUCAACGAAAAAAAAAGAAUUUUCUCUA